AAGCAAGGAAGUCUGCCAGCUGCCUGCAGUGGCUUUGGAGAAGCUGAUGGGGGAAGGCGAAAGGGAAAUCAAAGUAUGCAGCAGGAACCGUCAGUCCCCGCGUUAGAGCUGCAGUCACUGGGACGGCGUGUGACUGGCAGGCUCCCGACAGAAACGCUGAGGAAGCAAGCACACUGCGCAACUGGUUAUCGCAGGCGCCAACAGGCCCGGAGAGAUGCGAGAGGAACGCCCCAACGGGUGAAAUGUGCCCGAGCCCUGCCGACAGGCACCACCGCUCUCCCUCCGGCAGCGGCACGAACCUUUGGGUUCGCGCCCAACCCGAAGAGAGGGGCAGUAGCGCGGGGAACCCAGCAGCACGGUGCCCUUACUGGUCUGGUGGGGCUCAGUCCAACCCCAUGCUGCCGUGCAGCUGGCUUUGUGCCCCGCUGCCGUACCGAGUUUGAAAGCGCUGGACUUCCAGGGUUUUUUGAUGAUCACAGCAUCUCUGCUACGUUGCUGGUUCCUGUUAUUCACUCUUUGGAAGAGGUAGCAUGGAACUCUCUGCUAGAAAAAAAAGAGACGACCAUGGAAUCAAGGACAGGCUUCAUAGGCACUGAACUUGGAAAACAAAAUAUAGCGGAGGACGCAUUUAAUACAUUCUUAAAGAAAAAAUGACUCACGAAAGCCUUAACUUACCCAAAUCAGUAUGCUAUAAAGUAACAGUAUUAGCAAUAUUAUUUUGAGAAUGGUAAUUCAGUGAAGAUACGACACUUUGGGACGUUUCAGAGAAGUCUACGGUAUUGAGACCAAACUGAAUUCAGAAGAUUUGCAGUCAAGCGGCACUGGAAGUUACGGGCCUACGCACAUCCAGAGGAACUACCGUCAUCUUGUUAUUCCUACAGCUCCCUUUCCUCCUUUUUGUAAUUUUCACUUUCUUAAGUACGUAUUAAACGUUAUUUUAAAAGCAAGGAGCACAAGAGAUUAAACCCCCAAAUAUCAACUUCAGAUAUUUCAAACCUGGAGAAAACACAGUGAAAUGUUUUCCUAUUUGCAGCAAACCCAACACUAACGCUCCAAGUACGAUCGCUGGCAACUGUGUCUGCCGAGUCACAGAGCCACCUCCAAUCCCAAGCACGCUUAAUUUAUCUGGGUCCAUCAGAGUUAAGUCAAAAAGACAUGGUGUCAGGAGCAGGCUGAGUGCCCCGUAGCUGAAAAGUAGGGUGACCGGCAAGAGACAACAGCACUUGCUUCAGAAACUGCUCUUGCUUAUCAAGUACAAAAUCAGGGGCGCCACCUGAUUUCCAUGGCACGAUGAUUUUUUCAGGAUAAAAUCUAGGUGUCGGGCCAGACUGCGCUAUCCAUUCUCAAGCAGAGGAACUGAUUUUUGCCAGGCCGACCUGUUUAGAAAAUGAUCAUCUAAUUUGGCCCACUGUUUAUAAACUAAAAUCUGAUCUAGAACAGCUUUAGUUGCAUCCCUUUAAACUUAAUUUCAUAAUAUACUCAGAAAACAUAAUCAGUUGCGAGUUGCACAUCCCAUGGGCUAAAUGUUAAUCUACGGAACCAGUAAAAGAACCCGUACAUCUGUUAAAUACAAUUUGCCAAAGUAUUUUAAAUUAAAAGUUUAACAAUUAAUUGUCUUCAUAGUGGCUUCAAGAUUUUUAAAAUACCUUGUUAAUUCAUUCACAAACUUAUGAAUGCACUGACAUAUAUUGUCUUUAGCUAUUAAGAUUGUUGUUAUCACCUGUAUUGGCUAAAUUAUCAUUAAUCCAAAAGUGUCCUAAUGGAAAAACGUGGAUAACAACAACAACAACAACAAAGCUUUUAUAAACAUUUCUAAAAAUCCUCUGUAUAAGCCAGAGCUUAGGAACAGAACUCUGAUCUUUAAUAAUAUUUUAAUAACAAGAAGAAAUGGUAUGAGGACUGGAAAAUUAGUCUUACUCGUAUUCAUUCAGGAAUACAUGAACUUCACAAUUUUAUAUAGCGCCAUUGCAUAAUAAAUCACAAUACAGCUGGCUAGCAUUGCUGAAGUUCUAAUACAAAUACUAUGAGUUAAUAUGUCCUGAUCAACAUUGCAGCUUUUACUGAUUACCGUUGUUUCCUAAAAAUAAUUUACUUUUUAAAAUAAAGAGUUCCCAUAGCUUGUAUCUAGAAUAAAUUAAUAAUCUAUCAGCACGUUCGGUAUAUUUGUACUUAAAGAUGUAUCUAUCUUCAAAGAAGAAAAAAACCAGCAAGCAAGGAGACCUGCUGGACCACUUAUAACUGAUUUCUUACAUUAAAAUGGAACGGGCAGUGGGAGAGGAGAGGGUAAACUACUUACAUACAAUAGUAAACUUAAACCCACGUAAUAAAGGAACUCGAUGUGUUCGUUCAAGACAAGACACGACUUCCCUCACAAGCUUGUUUUUAUUAGAACAAACAAAGUAGUUUUGGCACUUCAGAUGCUGCAGGUGAUGGAAUUUGUGCAUACAUGUUGUGUCGAUCUUUCCCUUUACUAGCAUGACAUGGAAGACUUAAAACCAAGGCUCCAAAAGGCUCUAGAAAUAAAUGACACUUUUGUCUAGGAAAUGAUAAAGCAGUAACCUUGUUUACUAGAAAAUAUAUGUAGGUGCUUCGCAGCUACCUGCCAUUAAAAUGCAAAUAUCUUCAAGCAGUUAAAUGAUCUGAUACCUAAUGCUACCACAGAAUAAAGAUAAACAGCUGUCUAAUCUAGGUUUAUACAUCUCAGUGCAUCCUUUGCAAUUAAUACUUUAAUGCACACAAACAAGAAA